UAUCGCACUGCCAGAAAUAAGGAGAGUGUCUACACAAACGGUUUGGCAGACGAAACCAAGAAGACGAAGUGAAAUAAACCAGCAACCCCCUCUCCACCACCGACAUUUUUUCGCUAGGACUACUGUGGAUUUUUAAACAUUUCCGAAUUCUUCCGGAGAGUCUUUGCGCUUUGGUGAAGUACAGGCAACACCGAGUGAAUUUUGGACCGUGCGUAAUUUGGAAAGUUUAUUGCCACGCCGCGUCAUGAUGCGCGUCUGUCCGCUGCUGGUCGUCCUCUGUCUGCUGUGCGCUGGACGCGCUCAAAAGUUCUCCGCUCUCACGUUCCUGCGGGUGGAUCAGGAUAAAGAGUGCAACACGGAAUGCAGCGGAGCUCCUCGCAAGCCCCUGUGUGCCUCCGACGGCAGGACCUUCACAUCUCGCUGCGAGUUCCUCCGAGCCAAGUGCCGUGACCCCCAGCUGGAGGUCAUCCGAGGGCCAUGCAAAGAUAUAUCCAGAUGUGUAGCAGAGAAGAAGUACACAGAGCAGCAGGCCAAGAAGCUCUACCCGCAGGUCUUUGUGCCUGUAUGCAACCCCGAUGGCACGUACAGCGAGGUUCAGUGCCACAGCUACACUGGAUACUGUUGGUGUGUCACCCCCAAUGGCCGACCCAUCAGUGGCUCAGCAGUGGCCAAUAAGAAACCUCGAUGCCAAGGUUCAAAACAAGAGAGAGCUACUACAAGAGAACCAGGUAAAGCAGUCUCCUUGCAAAUAUUCUCCAUUCUAAAUGCAGAUGAGACUGGCCUAGUGGUGGAUCCACAGCCCGCUACCGAUGAAGAAGACAUGAUUACCCGGUACCCCACUCUGUGGACGGAGCAGGUUCGCAGCCGACAGAACAAUAGAACCAGAUCACCAUCCUCAUCAUGUGACCAGGAGCAGCAGUCUGCCCAGGAAGAAGCGAGGCAACACAAGAACGAUGCUGUUUUUGUACCAGACUGUGCCCAAGGAGGACUGUACAAGCCCGUCCAAUGCCACCCCUACACCGGCUACUGCUGGUGUGUGCUGGUGGACACCGGACGGCCCAUACCUGGGACCUCCACCAGGUAUGAACAGCCAAAGUGCGAUGGCAACGCCAGGGCCCAUCCAACUAAACCCAAGGACCAUUAUAGAAGCAGACAUCUCCAAGGCUGUCCUGGGGCAAAGAAAACAGAAUUCCUGACAAGUGUUCUUGACGCGCUGUCGACAGACAUGGUGCACGCUGUCACAGAUCCAGCAUCUGUCAGAAGUAUGGCCGAGCCUGACCCCAGCCACACCCUGGAGGAGAGGGUGGUCCACUGGUAUUUCAGUCAGCUGGACAAAAACUCCAGUGGGGACAUUGGAAAAAAGGAGAUCAAGCCCUUCAAACGCUUCCUGCGCAAGAAAUCCAAGCCAAAGAAGUGUGUGAAGAAGUUUGUGGAGUACUGCGACAUCAGCAAUGACAAGGCGCUGUCUCUGCAGGAGCUGAUGGGUUGCCUCGGGGUGACCAAAGAAGAGGGGGCCAAACCAGGAGAAGGCUUACCUUCCAGUAAACUAAAUCCCUCGAGGAAGCAAGGCUAAGCCAGCAGCUGAGAUUUCCCCUCCCGCAUGGAGAAUCUGCCCUCACGAAUCGGCAAUAAUGGAAACCAUAGUAUUUGCACUUUGUACUUUAAAAAAAAAAAUGUAAAUUCACUUUGUAGAAAUAUGGUAUUUAAACAGACUGCUGAAUCUGUGAAUGAUGUAGUUAGCUUUUUGUGUCCUGACAAACAUUAUUUAACACAUACAAUGUAUGUGUCCUUUGUGUCAAAAAGCAAACUUUUCAGAGUUGUACAAGUUUUCAUGUUUGAUAUUGCAUUUUGUGCCCCUUCUCCUGUGUACUUUUCCUCUCACGUUGAUGAUGUUAAAGCGGAUAUAUGGAUGGUUUGCUACACUUGGCUACAAUAACUUAGACCAUACAAUCUUUCAUGUACUGACCUAUAGCAUGUCUUCCUAGGCUUUGUACAGCAGUUUGCAAGAAUGUUUUAAACAUACAUCAUAAAAACAUCCUACAUGUUCACAUGUAUUCAUGUUUAUUAGAAAUAAAGAACUCUUUUAUACUUGU